UGCGAUUCAGGAAGUACAUCCAUUAUAGUGACAGGAACAACAUCACGGGACUCUCAUUGCACUGAGCAGAUUAAUAAAAUAUUACCUGUAACCGAUCUGUACACACCUGUAAUAUAAGACAACAUGUCUAGGCAGUCGAACAGAGCCACGGACAGCAAGAAGAUGAAUUCAGAAUUAUUCACUCUCACUUAUGGAGCCUUGGUCACUCAGUUGUGUAAGGACUAUGAAAAUGAUGAAGAAGUCAACAAACAACUGGAUAAAAUGGGAUACAAUAUCGGAGUGCGUCUGAUUGAGGACUUCUUGGCUCGGUCUAGUGUGGGGAGGUGUCACGAUUUCCGAGAAACGGCAGAUGUCAUUGCAAAGGUAGCCUUCAAGAUGUACUUGGGUGUCACCCCCAGCGUGACCAACUGGAAUCCUGCUGGAGAUGAGUUCUCUCUUAUCCUCGAAAGCAACCCCCUGGUGGACUUUGUAGAGCUUCCUGACAACCACAGUAAUCUAGUUUACUCCAGCCUGCUCUGUGGAGUGCUGAGAGGAGCUCUUGAAAUGGUUCAAAUGGCAGUGGAUGUGCGAUUCGCUCAGGACACACUAAGAGGUGACAGUGUGACAGAAAUUCGCAUGAAGUUCAUCAAAAGGAUCGAGGAGAACCUGCCAGCUGGAGAUGAAUGAGACUGAGAGACUUUUGAUUCGAGAGACUUUUUUUAUGUUGGAUUGGGAACCAAAAACUUGGUUUGUUUUGGUCAAGAAGACCAACCAAUCCCCAAACAUUGUAAGUAUUGCAAUGCGAAUUCACCGUCGAGAAGAUUUCUCUCGAUGUGUCACCAAGGUUGGCAUGUUCUUUCCACCUGGUCCAUGUUUUUUAUUUCAUACAAAUACCUUCUCAAGUCUCUUUUUCUAUGUCAGUUUGUCUGUAGUGUAUUUCUUGUUAUUCUUUUUGCAUUUAACUAAUACAUAUGGCACAGAAGGUUUAAUUUAUAUAGUCAAGUAUCGUAAUCAGAUUGAAUAAAUCAUUAACUACCAACAACUGUGGCCAAUCCCCUCAUUUAUCGUUCUUCUACUCAAUAGGCCUUUGACACAAACUAAUAUUUACUCAAAGUUGCAAUAAAGCGCUCAUUUGAGCGGACCAUAUCACACUGCUGUUUUAAUGUCCAUAACGCUUGUAUCAAAAACAACUUUAGAUGGCUAAUCUAAAACCAACAUUUGAAGAAAGGGCCCCAUGUUCGCCAAGAACAGAGCCGU